AUGCCUGAUGGCUUUCCUGGCACCGAAACAUUGGAUGCAGCGAACGAAGAUGUUGCACGGGAUUCACUUUCCAGAUCUUCCCCUGAGCCCACCGAGACCGACCGGCAAGGACAUUAUAUAGGUCCUUCGUCAGGGGUGUCAUUCCUCCUGCGGAUCCAGAAAAAGCUGCACGAGAACCGCUCGUUGUCUCACAACUCCUCCAUCUUCACAUUCGGCGACGCUCCCCUCCCUGAUCAUGAUGACACAUUUUUUGUCUUGCCUCCUAAGGCGGACGCCAUACGCCUUGUCGAGAGGUAUUUUGACUUUGCCGCACCGACACAUCGGUUUUUGCAUCGACCUACUAUAGAGAAUUUACUGGAUGAAUUUUUCGAAACGCGAGGAGAGAUGCUUCAUAAAGAAGACGCGGCUGCGAAGAAGGCCCUGUUGUUAAUGAUUUUUGCACAAGCGCAGGCAUAUAUGGAGCCUGCAACCGCUGGCGGGGAUAACAGUGCCCAGUAUUACUUCGCUGCGGAACGACAACUAGCGAAAGAGCGGGGUGCUUGCACAUUAUCCAGCGUGCAAGCAAGGCUUGUUGAAUGUUAUUAUCUCCUGGCUCAGUCUCGGAUUAAUCAGUGCUGGAGUCUGUUUGGAACUACCGCCCAUCUUGCCCUCGCGAUAGGUCUCAACAGAAGUAGGCGUGGCGACAGUUCUGGAAAGGUUGAUUAUCUCGAGCUCGAGUGCCAGCGAAGGACGUUUUGGAGUGCAUAUGUACUCGACAAGUUUCUGUCUGCCGCUCUGGGCAGGCCCAUGACGUUGAGAGAUCCGGAUAUCGAUCAGGAGCUCCCAACGGUAAUCAACGACGAUGACCUGUUUUCCCACACCAUGAAGCCCACCCCACCAACCACGCCAUCCAUCAUGCGAGCGCCUGUUGAACACAUUCGACUGUCCCGCAUAGUCUCCUCCGUCCUGCGCGACCUCUACCCCAUCCGCCCACCGUCAAUGCCCCUUCGCAUUGAACUCGCGGCCAAAUACUCCACCCAACUUGUCGAGUGGCGCUCAAGACUCUCCCGCUUCCUCGACGCCGAAGGCAUUGACUCGUCACUCCUUCUCCCGCUUUACCAACGCCAACGUAACGUCCUCAACCUCGCUUACUACCAUACAAUGCUCCUUGUCCACCGCCCCUUUCUACUAUCCAACUUUGCAAGUCUGUCGAACAUUGGUGCACGGCCGGGUCAGGUGUCCAAUAUCGACACUAGCGAAAACAUCACACAGUGUCUCGACGCCGCACUAAGCAUCGUCCGCAUCGUCGAUGAAAUCUUCCAGAGCUCACAAAUCUUCCGUGCGUUUUGGUUCACGCAAUACUACGCCUUCUGUGCCGUCGUCGUGAUCUACAUCUACCGUAUCCAGCAGCAGCAUUCGGUCGACUCAGGGAAAAGUGAGGAAUACUUCGCUGCGGGCCAGAGGUGCCAGGCGCAGCUUAGUAGUUUGACGGAUACGGAUUGCCUAAGUAAAAGGUACUGCCUUGUCCUCGAGGAAUUGAGGCUUGAAGCUGCAAGGCAGACCACUGGGAGUCCCGCGACCUUGCGUCCUGAUGUGGCGCCUAUGAAUAUGGACACUCAGAAUACCCGGCCAUCCGAGCCUCUUCCGAAUGGUACUCCGAGCUCAAGUCUUGCAGUGCCGGUGCCGACGGCAUCCAACGCCGACCCUAACCCAUCGACAUUUCAGUCUACUUUCUACAGCGGGGCCAUCCCUCCAACACCAGAGAGUGCAGUGUUUACGAGCACAUGGAUGGGUAGUGAUGGCUUCAUGGAAGAUUUAACUACAUGGGGUCAGUUUGAUAGUUUUGUCACUGCGGGUAUCGGCGUGCUCGACGGUGUAGGUACCGGGUUGGGACGGUGA